GGGGCCGGAGCUGCCGAGCCAGUGUCCAGAAUCCACCAUGGACUAUCUCACCAAGCUCCUCGGCGUCGUGGCUGGAGUCGCGUGCGGCCUGUGCCUGGGAUGGGGCAUCCGUGAGAGGCUCCUGAGGAAGCGCAAAGCGGGAACACCUGCACCUCCCAGCACCCUGGAGGGCGAGGCAGACGUCAUGGCAGAGUCCGGGGAGUUCAAGAUGGUGCUGAUCGUCCGCCAGGACCUCAAGAUGGGCAAGGGCAAAGUGGCAGCCCAGUGUUCCCACGCUGCUGUCUCUGCCUACAAGCAAGUGGAGAGAAGGAAUCCCGAGCUCCUGAAGCAGUGGGAGUACUGUGGGCAACCCAAAAUAGUCCUCAAAGCUCCUGAUGAGGAGACUCUGGCCCAGCUCCUGGCUGAGGCAAAGCGCCUGGGACUGACCGUGAGCUUGAUCCAGGAUGCUGGGCGUACUCAGAUAGCUCCAGGCUCCAGGACCGUCCUCGGCAUCGGACCAGGGCCAGCUGAUGUCAUAGAUAAAGUCUCUGGUCACCUUAAACUCUUCUAAACUAGGACCAAAAUAGUUGAUGUAUGUCAGUACUGAAGGGUUACAAUCCAAGUUUGGGCGUUUUCCCAUAUGCUCUCAGUUUAAAUAAAAUAAGUUUUGUAAGGUUUACAUUUGUAAAUCAUGA